AUGUCGGAUCAGGAGCAGCAGCAGGAGCGGCCGCUCACGGGGCUGGACGCCUCGGUCCAUGCUCCAGACUCGGGCACCUUGGACGACACCUUGGAUGAGACCAUCCAGGGUGCCAUGCGAUACGGCUUUGCCUCCACGACCGCCGCCGCCACCGCCACCACCACCGACGACACGACUUCCGUCACCCCAAACCACUUCUCUGCCGCCACCGCCGAGGAGAAGAAGGCCAAGAGAGCGCAGCAGCGCCUCAACAGAAAGGAGAGGAAGGCCCGUGAGGUUGCUGAGAGAGAGAGCGCACAGCUCAUCAGCACCAACGAGGUGGCGAGGAAGUGGUUCGGUCCCCGCCAGCGCGAGAAGAAGAGACUCGUCGUCACCGAUCGGGGCGUCGAGGUCGUCAGGAUCGCGCCAGCUCAACCUAGCCUCGCGACACAGGCGCAGAGACCGACCGCGCCGCCGGGCCCUGGUGGUCCAGACGAAGAACGAGCCGGCGGCCCGCCGAACCACGAUGCCGACCCGCAUAGCAGUCAUCCGGUCGCGAUGCUGUCCGAAGAAGAGAUUCGAGAGCUCGCCCAGCAGUUCACGGCGCUGUACAACCACAGCCGCCACAUAAAGGACACCAGUGCGGAGCUGGCCGACCUGGACAGGAGGCGGCAGCGUCUCGUCGCUGAGCUCGCCGAGCAUGAAGCAAAGGUCGACGACCUGUAUUGA